AUUUCUGGAAGAUAUGGUAAAUGAAAAUUAUCACGUCGAGUUGAUGAUACAGACAUACGUGGCGGAUAUCUAGGGACUAGAGAGGAGAGAAAGAGUUCGUCGUCGUCGUCGUCAAUGGAGAUCUCUGCGCCUGCUUCUCUAACUUCCUCUGGAUUCGUUCCUCGUCUGCUUCCCUUGUUCUAUCCUCAAGCUCGAACCACUUCCUGUGCACUGUUUCUGUCUCCUUCCUCCGUUAAUCUCAUCUCUUCUCACAGACGUAAAGCUCCGUCUCGGUGUCUCGCCGAUCAGUCUACGUUUACCGGGAUCAAUGUUGUUGAUUCGGAUCCCAUCGAUGCUGUUAAGAGGAAAGCAAUGGACAUAGCCCCUGAACUCAAAGGAGCUUCAAUAUUUCUGGUUGGGAUUAACAACCCCAUUAAAAAAAACUUGGGGAAGCUUUUGGCAGAGUCAAUGCGAUAUUACUACUUUGAUAGUGAUAAUUUGAUCGCAGAGGCAGCUGGCGGAAAUGUGUCCGCUCAAGCUUUAAAGGAAGCUGAUGAGAAGGCUUUUCAGGAAUCAGAGACUGAAGUGCUGAAGCAGCUAUCAUCGAUGGGUCGGCUUGUAGUUUGCGCUGGAGAUGGUGCGGUCCAGAGCUUGACAAAUCUUGCACUUUUAAGACACGGGAUCUCCAUAUGGAUCGAUGUUCCUCUGGAUAUAGCGGCUAAAGUGAAUGAUUCACUCAACUCAGAACCUACCCCUGAGUUGUUUGACGCGCUAAAAGCGAGUUACGAAAAAUCAAGAAAGGGUUACGAUACAGCAGAUGCAUCCAUUUCCCUUCAAAGAAUAGCUACAAAGCUGGAAUAUGAAGACUUGGAAACAGUAACUUCGGAAGAAAUUGCUUUGGAAGUCUUGAAAGAAAUUGAGAAGUUGACCAGAGUGAAGAAAAUGAUGGAAGAAGCUUCUCGACCUUUCUAGACAUUAGCUUUGGGUGGAGGAGAAUCAUCUGGUGUCUCACGUGAGAUCACGAUCCACUAGUGGGCUUAUUCUAUUGAUCCAUUACUACUAUUAUGUGGGCCCAACAUCUAUGGCCCAUUAAUGGAUAAGACCGUGAAGGAAAAAAAAAGCUCAUUCUGAAUUCCCAACA